UGGCCCGACUUAGCGUAAUAUUUCUCGUCACCGUCAAACAACCAAUCAUGUAUAAUUAAUGUUAUUAAGAAAACACUUCAGUCGCCCGCUGACCCCAACAAGCCGCGUCUAAGCCGCAGCAACACUGAAUGUUACUUCUGACCCUAAUUGUUUUAGGGGGAAAGUUCGCGAUUGCUGAGACGAACUAAUUUUUGCACAUUAGAUCCAGCAUGGAGUACGUGAAAACGCUAGUCCCGGGGUCUCUAGUGCGGUCUGUGACCUCGGCAGGCACCUCUUUCACCGGUCACGUCCUUGCCCCACCCAAGCCCCGUCCCUUCCGGAUCUGCACGUAUAGCCGCUGCCGACGGAGAGGCGUGGUAGCCGCGUCUCUAGAUGAUCUAGCAAGCAAAGUCGUGAAUAUCUUCCUGCUGACAAGUGAGCUUCUGACCCUGGUGCUGGAGGAAGACGGAACAGUGGUGGACACAGAAGCCUUCUUUCAAUCGCUGCCUGCCAACACGCUAUUGAUGGUGCUGGAGAAGGGGCAGAGAUGGACCCAGAGCAAGGAAAUCCCAGGUUUCCAACAGCCCAAGAAAAGUGGAAUUGCAAAGCUGACCUUUGACCUGUACAAGCUGAAUCCAAAAGACUUCAUUGGCUGUUUGGCCAUACAAGCCACCCUGUAUGAGAUCUACAGUUUCUCAUAUGAGAUACAGUGCAUGGGGUUAAAGGAAAUUCUGAAGUCGAUCCUGCAGUGCCUGACAUAUGUGGCUAAAGUGUCAGGCCACUUCCUGCUGUGUGGUUCCACCUAUUUGCUGCAGCACAUUGAAGAUGGCGACUAGAAGGCAACUAGGACUUUGCUUUGUGUGGAAAUGUGUUUCUGUGCCUCGGGAUUGAUGUCUGGAUACUGUACUGUCCAUGCUAACACCAACUGCAAUUAAACAUUUGCCACCAGAGUAAAACCUGCAUGCUUCUGAAAUGUUUAAAGCAUCUUCUAGUGUUAUGUGUUAAUUUCUCCUUGUAUUAAAAACACUUCCCGGAAGUGUUCUUAAGUUCUGCUACUUCACAGUUCUGCUACGUACAGCUUGAAAUGUUCCAUUUUAUUACUUCAUUUUUCUGAUUUGAUUUAUCUCAUUUCAGCUGAGCAGGCUUCAGCUUACUUUGGGGGGUGGAAAUGCACAGGUCACUUAUACAUACUGGUACUGACAGUCAGUGAAUAGUUGAAUUUGUAUUGGUAGCCCGAUAUCUCAAUCUUGACCAUAAGUCAGAUUUUUAGUUUAAAUUUGAUAUCAAUGAACAUCAAACUAGCUGGGAGAAUGUCUACAGAGUGUUUGUUUUGAUUAAAUAAAGUGUCUGAUGAUAAAUCUGGAUCUGAGUUUUAAAGUUGGAAUGUUAAGAUGUCCUCCUGAGCUGAGUACAACUACAUGCAGAUCACUUGUGGCAUUGUGCAAGUUUCAGUCUCUAAAUAAACUUCAUCUAAAGUUUG